AUGGACCAAGAGGAGGCUCCACCCCCCCCAUACUCGGCCGUUGAUCCAUUGCUCGCACCAGCGAACGGCCGGAACAACAGCUCUUCUCAAGCCCCAAGUGCUCCUGGGGUGGCUGACACCCCGACGCAGGAUGCCAGUUGUUCCCGUGGCCCGACACAGCCGACAGUCGUGCCGGUGCAUUUCAGAUCUGCCGCUGCGUACUUUGAGGAACGGCUUCCCUCGGUCGUAAACGAGGGCCGGAGUCUUCUACAACAUCAUAUGACCAUCUAUCCUCGGAGCCAAGGCAAGGAUUUCCCUCGACGGCCGCGGUGCUGGGCCUCGCGGUUAGAUGAGAUUACUCAGCAGGACUGGGACAUCUUCUUAAAGCAUCUAUUUCCGCCGCAAUUGGGGCUCGCUGCAUCCUCUCAGCACCUCCCGCGCCAAUUACGGGCGGAAAUCAGACGCGACCGCAAGGAUCGCCCACAAGAGACCGAUGAGCAACGUAAGGCUCGAGUUUCUGCCGUUGUCGCUGAAUGGAACGAAUGCUUUUUCGAGCUCCGCACUACUCAGAUUGUCUUUGUCUAUGUGGCCGAACCUGACUCUGCGCCGUCGUCUGCUUUGUGUCCCAAAUGCUAUCCAGCGACAACGGGUUCAAUCGAAGGUCAGCCUGUUCGGAUCUUAAAUGCUCCAUCGCCCGUGCCAGGGCAGCAUGUUCCUUCUCCGACCCCUUGGGCGAUGCCCCCUGUGUUCCCCAACCCCCAAGUACAUGUGCCCCCAGCUCCGUAUGGAGUACAUGGUGCUCCUCUAUACCCUCCCCCUAUAUCUCCUAACCAACCACCUCAAUAUUACCCUCAUCCACCACAAGGCGCAUGGCAAUGGAACACUUGGAACUAUCCCCAGCAGCAACAGCAAUCUCCCAAUAACGGCACCCAGAAGAGUGGGACUCUAGCGUGGAUUACACAGAUCGCAUCGCAAGCGCAGAAAUACGGAGAGCGGUUCAGCGAACAGGCACAACACUAUGGAGACCAAAUCAGCGCACAGGCACAGCAUUAUGGGCGGCAGGUCGAGGAGCAGGCUCUUGCACAUGGCCGCUGGAUUGAAGAACAGGCAAGGCUUCAUGGCCGGAAGUCACAUAUGGCCGGACCUCAAUUUGGCGGUGGCUACUACUCCUGGCCGGCCUGGGAUAACUCUCCUCGUCCCAUCGCCAACAUCCCAAUGACGCCCAUCCAAACCCCCAGCCCCGUGACAAGCCCAAAUUCGACCAGUCAGCCUGAGACAAUUACUCAGAUCGAUAGCAACAAACCUAAGUCUUCAACCAAUCAGCUUCGAAUAGAACCUCCUGUGACCGAACGCAGCAGACGAGCAUCAGCGAGCUCAGUCUCGUCCGAGUCCUCCUUCAGCUCAAUUGACUCCAUCUCGACAACAUCGGACCUGGGCGUUCUCGACCUUGCCACAGUGCGCACUCAGUUGGAACUUCUAGAUGAUCGUCAUGAUCGGGUACUAUACAACGCCGCCGUCGAUCUCCGUCGGCAACUCUCAGUCCUGCAGGAGUCCCGCCGAGAAGCCAAGUUCUCUGGUAAAACUCACUGGCGAGCCGGUUUCAAUCAAAGCCAACCAAAUAAUCAACAAUCCAGCGACGCCGACUGGGGUCGCUGGGAAUCACCCGAGCAGCAGCAACGCAACUCAGUUGACAGACGCGCCAUGAAAGAAGAAAUGCGCGCUACCAAGAAAGCGUUCCGGGAUACGCUGCGCCGAGCGCGAGAUGAGCAGCGCGAACGCCGACGCACUCGACGCCGCCAGGCACGACAGGCUCGCUCUAGUGACGGCGAUAAGACGAAGCAUAUGCAUGACCAGCCGCUAGAUCAGCAGCUUGGAAGAUUACGGCUGGAAGAUCCUCGGCAAUCUAAUCCGCCCUUGCCUGCACGUCCAGUCAGCAUUCACACGCAGCUUAGUCCAAUUUUGACGCCAAAUCGAUCAAAUGUUGGCUUUGGGGUUGCUUCUAACCCCCCUUCCCCUUCCGUCUCGCGGCCGAGUACGCAGAACUUGAUGCGUGUUGGGGGUUCUUCCGCCUCUCUAAAGCAAGGGAAGGCGGCUGACACCUCCAGUCGGCUAAAGGAUAUGCUGUUAUCGCGCAAGGCGAAGAAGCAACAGGCAAAAGAGGAUGAUGCGGGAGGUAAAUGA